AUGUCGAAUACAAUCAAGCAGACGGUACACAAAGGGAGCAAAAGUCUUGAUUUCAUCAGCCAUAACUUGAGAGCUUCUAUCGUCAAGCCUUUAUCAUCUCAAGAAGAAGCUAUAAACGUUCCAGAUAGAAACUUCAAAGAAAGAAUAAAGACUCAAGAUGUUUAUUGUAAUGCUUACUAUAGACCUAAUGGUAUAGACAAAUUGAUCAAGACAAUAGAACCUGAUAUGGUGAACAGAACAGGUGCAUUGCAAUCAUUUAUUAUAUCAACCGAUUCCAAACCAACAGUUGAGAAGAAAAUUAGAUUUGAUUCUGAAAGACAAGCUAUAACAUACUUCAAAAACAUUCCAAAGCAAUAUCAGACUUUAAACACUAUUGAAUUUGAGAAAAUUGUGACCAAUUUAUCAAAUGAAUCCCAAACACAAUUAUCAGAAAUUUAUGAUGGUACAAGUCAAUCUUUAGAUAAUAUCUUAGCAUUAGAUCUCAACAAUACAGAUGACUCAAAAGUUAAUAACAAAGACAAAAUACUUUACGUCAUUCAAAAUCUAUUAGAUACCACCAAUAUUUCAGUAUUGGAAGAGGUCACAAGGUUCAUCACAACUUAUACUAUCAACAUUGAAAGUCCAAGUGAAUCUAAAGAUAUAACCAUUAAUUUCCUCAAUCAAAUCAUCAAUCAAAAUUAUAAACUAGAUUCAUAUCCCUCAAUAUUAGGCUUUUUAACCAAUUUCAAAGAACAAUUAUUUAGCAAAUAUAAAAUAUUGAAUAAAGAUGCUCAAGUAUUGGACUCAUGGGCUAAAACUUAUAUCCAUUUUGAUGAUUAUGAAAAUACAAAACAUUUCAUGGACAACUGUAUUAAUACAGGAUUUACCCCUUCUUCCAACACCUUAAAAUCAUACAUUUCAUUAACUCAAGAAAAACAUGAAUCCAAAAAAAUACCAAAAUUUCAAUAUUUCUCUUCAUUAAUCGGUUUAGAUGAUGCUAUUCAUACACAAUUAGAUGGUGAAUUAACAAAUGAAUUAUUGAAAAGAUCGAAUUCACCUGAAGAAAUAAUAUCUUUAAUUCAAGCAUUGAAAAAUAAAUAUCAAGAUGAUGAAUUGAAGAAUGAAAUCAUAAAAAUCAAACCAUUCAUUCAAAACUAUUUAACAACACACAUUCCAACAUUAGAUGAUGAUCCAGCAAUCAAAACAACGAUUCAUAAAGAAUUUGAAGAAUUAUCUGGUGAAUUUUUAAAUGAAGAAAUUUUGUACACUUUAAGAAGAAAUGGUAACUUUAUACUUGCACAAAAACAAUUACAAAAAAUGGAAAAGGUGGAUAAAAGUUUUGGAAUACGUAUUAUGAAUACAGCUUUGACAAGAAUCUUAGAAGCAGAUAUUGGUAGACCUGGUUUUGAUAAAAAAUCAAGAGAUGCUUUUGUUCAAUCCAUAAAAUUAAAAAUGGCUGAAUCAAAUAGUCAAUAG